AUGAGGAUCAUGGCCUUCGUGACCUUCUGCGGGCUGAGGACGGGGGACCUGAGGCUGAUCGCUAGGACUGUGCUGCCGAAAAUUUUCUUGGAGAACCUCCAUCUGCAUGCAUGCGAGGUGCUGAAAGGGAGGCGAGCUGUUGUGCUCACCACCUUGCCGAGGCUCAUGGUGGAGGGAUUCUUGAAGGAGUACUUAGAGGUGGGGGAGGUGGUGGGGGCGGAGCUGCAGGUGGUGAAGGGCUGCUACUUCACGGGGGUCAUCUCUUGGCCUGACAAACAGAGAGCUCUCAGGGACAUGGUCAAGGCCGGUGCGGCCAUUGUGAACCUCUCCAAUGUCCACCACCACCAACUCUCGGCCAAGGAAAUUUAUGUCGUGAGAGAGGAGGAAUCAAGGAGUGAGAGCAGCAAAAUGUCGAGAAACAAGUACCCGAAGCCACUUGUGUUCCAUGACGGAAGACUGGCUUUUCUCCCGACGCCAUGCGAGAUGAUGGCGUUCUUCAUGUGGAUACCCGUGGCAAUCCCUUUGGCCGUGUUCAGGAUCGCGAUGGGGAUCGUUUUCCCUUAUAAAAUAUCCAUCUUCAUCGCCGCCGUCACCGGAAUCCGAUUCCGGAGGGCCGGAGAUGGGAAAGCGAACAGGGAGAAGAAGGGGGUGGUGUACGUGUGCACGCACCGGACGCUGUUGGACCCGGUGAUGCUGUGCUCGGCGCUGGAGAGGACGGUGCCGGUCGUGACGUACAGCCUGAGCCGGGUGUCGGAGGCGUUGGCGCCGAUGCGGACUGUGCGGCUGACCCGGGACAGGGGACGAGACGCGGCGACGAUGCGGCGGCUGCUGGCGGUGGGGGGGGGGGGCCUGGCGGUGUGCCCGGAGGGGACGACGUGCCGGGAGCCGUACCUGCUGCGGUUCAACCCGCUGUUCGUGGAGGUGGCGGAGGAGGUGGUACCGGUGGCUCUGGACGCGCGGGUGGGAAUGCUGUACGCUACCAAGGCCUCCUCUUCUCAACCAAAUGGAGGAGUUGGAGGAGAUGCGGUGUGGUUGGUUGAGGAAUGCUUAUCAUGCACUUACAUUGUCAUAUGGGAUGUUGGGGUGCUGCUAGCAGCAUGUUUAGUUUGUAUUAAUGCUUAG